GAGAGGGACACACAGAGAGAGAGAGAGAGAGAGAGAGAGAGAAACUCAAAGUGAUAAAUUUUCAUCUUUGGCUCAUGGGUAUUUAGAGAGAGAGAGAGAGUGUGUGUGUGUGUGAGAGAGAGAGAGAGAAAGAGAGAGAGAGAGAGAGAGAGAGAGAGAGAGAGUAAUUUGAGACCCACUUGGGGUUUUCUUCUUUACUGCGAAAAUGGUUGCAAGAACCCCACAAAAACUGAAGAAAAUGGUAGCACCUAUCAAUCCGGUCCUACUCAGAGAAACUGUAAAGAAGGUGGAUAGGUGUAUGGCUAGGCUGCAAGAGCUGCAAUACACAGUGUCAGGUGGGACAAAGGUGAUAUCAGGGGUGAGUCUAAGCCCUCGCAGUACCAGGGGUUAUCUGAGGACCAGUCUCAGAUGCAAGCAAGAGUCUGCAAGGAUCAAGAAUGCUACCUCUAAGAAAUCUCCAGUGGGGAAGUUUCCAGCUCACACAGGAGAGGAAUGGCGUAGAAUGUCAUUACCAGCAAUGCUUGUAGGUGAAACGGUUGGAGAAAUUCUACAAGCAAGCCAAUUUGCAAGAGAAAUAGUAGCAGCAGUUGUUAACAAAACCAAGAAAAUCACACUUGAUGAUCCUAAAACUCCAGUAACUCAACGGAGGAACCAGAGGCCACAACCAGAAAACUCAGAACUCAGGACUAGAAGAAAGAGGGAGAAGCAAAACAAAUUGCAAUUGAUUCGAUCAGAGUCUGAUACACCAUCACUUCAAAGGGCUCGUUCACGAAUCAACUUCAAAGUUUCACCCCCAAAGAUUAGAGAAUUGGACAAAGAAAAUAGCCGAUAUUUGGCGAAUAGAAUAUCCCCCAAGAAUAGACCAUGGGCUAAAAAGACAGUUCUAUUCCCCAAUCCUUUGUUCUUGUCUACAGCUUCUGCACAGCAACAGAAGUUUUGCAAGACAAGGUCUCCAGUUAUAGCAAGAAACAAACAAACACCACAUAAGUUCUUAAUUAAGUCUCCACCAUCAGCUUCUUCCAAGUUUCAAGUCAAGAUCAAGAGCCCCCCAGUGGUUUCUCUUUCUCCCACUAGGCAUACAAGUUUGAGCAAGAAGUCUCCAAAGAUGUCUCCAAAGAUGUCAACUGCAUCAAAGUUGCGCCGGUCUUUCUCUCCUUCAAGACUGGCAACUAGAUUGGUGUCUCCAUUGAGGAGCAGAAAGUGUGUACAGAAGAUUGAUGGGUUAAUGAGUGGAUUGAAGCAGCGUCCAGCUGUGACACCAAUGCGAUUCUAAACACGGAGAAAUAAAAGGGGGGGAACUCUUCUAUAAAAGUUGAACGUUUUGUUUGUGAUACUUUCUUGUUGUCCAUAGUUGAUUCUUUUUCUUUGUGGGGAUAUGAGUUUGGUCAUUCAAAUCAUUUGCUGAUGUACAAGUUUGCAAAUAAUUCAUAAAUUCUCAUUGUUUAUGAUACUUUCUUGUUGUCCAUCAUAGUUAAUUCUUUUUCUUUUGUGGGUUUGAGUUUGGUCAUUCAUAGCAUUUGUUGAUGUACAAGUUUGCAAGAUAUAAAUAUUGUCGACUUGCAGUGGAAACUGAAAAUUUCUUA